CACACUGCUGAGAGCUGGAAUGAGGGAGCUGGGAGGGGCGCGGGGCCCGGCGGUGGGUCAGUCCUCUCCUCGCCCCGUGCUGGGCUGAGCGAGGACUCCCCGGGGGUCUCCCAGGAUGAUCGCUGAUGCGGCCCCACCGGCGGGCGGGGCCAGCGCAGGGUCAGCCGAACCGGGCUUCUGGAUGGAAGGAUCGAGCUACUAGCAGAGAGGGGUUUAGGGGGGACAAGACGAGAUGAAGACGAGAUGAUGAAGACGAGAUGGGAGUAGCAACCCCGGGGGUGGGGGGGCUGCAAAGUCCCCGGAGCCCUGCGAGGAGCAGAUGGAAUGGAGUCAGCGUCCCCCAGCUACAUGCCAGAUUUACAGCUGUUCCCACCCCAGACUCCAGGUCCCCGGGGGAGAACGGGCACAGAAGUUGCGAGCGUUACUGACCGUCUGCGUCAAAGUGCUUCCAGAUUUCCAGGAACUGGGACGCCGUCAGCUCGGCCAGAUGCAGGUGAGCAAAGAAAAUAAAAAUGACAAGCAGAAGACUCGAGGAGACCAUGGGGGCUGUUCAGAUGGGAUUAGUCAGAAUGCUUAAGGGAACCCAGAGCAAAGUUUUACCACCCCUAAGCCCAAAGCUGGUUGCAGAAGAAGAUGUAAGCCAAAUGCUGACACCCUCGGAGUUCCUGAAGGAAAUGUCCCUCACCACAGAGCAGAGACUGGCGAGCACCCACUUCAUGUACCGCCCGCGGAUCGUGGAGCUCUUAGAUAUGGGGGAGACAACUCACCAAAAGAGAGGACACAUUUGCUUCUACACCAUCCCUUUUUCAAGAAUUGACGUGGAUCAGGCAUUAUUCCAGCCCUUUCCAUCAGAAAUUGUAUUUCAGAACUACACCCCGUCUGAAGUCUACGAGGUUCCACUGGUCUUGAGGAACAACGACAAAAUUCCAAGGAUGGUGAAAGUCAUUGAGGAAAGUUCACCUUACUUUAAAGUUAUCAGUCCCAAAAAUACUAGCCACAAAGUUGCUCCAGGAGUGCCGUCUACAUUCCGAAUCCUCUUCACUCCAGAGGAGAACAAGGAUUAUGCCCACAUGCUGACCUGUGUCACUGAGAGAGAGAAGUUCAUCGUGCCCAUCAAGGCCAGAGGUGCACGAGCCAUUCUGGACUUUCCUGAUACGUUUAACUUCUCCACAUGCCCUGUCAAAUACAGCACCCAGAAGAUUCUGUUGGUACAAAACAUCGGCAACAAAGAUGCGGUGUUUCACCUUGAAACUCGUAGGCCUUUCUCCGUGGAACCAUCGGUUGCAACUCUUAAUGUGGGAGAACUCAUGCAACUGGAAGUGCAGUUUGAGCCCCAGACUGUGGGCAGCCACAGUGAGAGACUUAUCGUGUAUUAUGACACAGGUGAAAAAGUAUUUAUAUCUCUAUAUGGAGCUGCUGUAGACGUGAAUAUAAGACUGGAUAAGAACUCCUUGAUCCUUGAGAAAACCUACAUAUCUCUGGCCAGUCAGCGGACUGUCACUAUUCACAACCGCAGUAACAUCAUCGCCCAUUUCCAGUGGAAGGUAUUUGCUACCCAGGAAGAGGAGGACAGAGAAAAGCACAGGGUCUGUGAUGAUCUGACCAAAGAAGAAAAAAAUGAGACAGAUGAGUUUCUUGAAGAGUGCAUUGCUGAUCCUUUACUCCGAGAACGUCUUACCAUUCUCUCCCGUACCUUCGAGAACCAGAGAAGGCUGGUUCAGGCAGACAGCAUGCUCUUCUUGAAUAAAACUUUCACUAUUGAGCCCCUGGAAGGUGAUGUCUGGCCUAACUCAUCAGUUGAAAUCAUUGUGUACUUUAACCCUCUGGAAGCCAAGCUCUAUCAGCAGACUGUUUACUGCGAUAUUUCAGGGCGAGAGAUUCGUCUGCCCCUCCGAAUCAAAGGAGAAGGAAUGGGACCAAAGAUUCACUUCAACUUUGAAUUGCUGGACAUUGGAAAAGUUUUUGUUGGAUCUGUGCAUUGUUAUGAGGCAGUCCUCUCCAACAAAGGCAGCAUCGAUGCCCUCUUCAACGUGGUGCCUCCGACUUCAGCUUUGGGGUCCUGCUUUGUUUUCAGUCCCAAGGAAGGUAUCAUCGAACCAGGCGGAGUCCAAGCUGUCCAGAUCUCCUUCAGUUCUGCCAUCUUAGGGCACUUUGAGGAAGAGUUCCUGGUCAGUGUCAACGGCUCACCCGAGCCUGUGAAACUGACCAUUAGAGGCUGCGUCAUUGGACCCACCUUCCACUUCAACGUCCCUGCUCUGCACUUUGGUGAUGUUUCCUUUGGAUUUCCUCAGACUUUGAUGUGUUCUCUCAACAACACCUCCUUGGUCCCCAUGACCUUCAAACUGCGCAUCCCUGGGGAUGGCAUUGGCCAUAAAAGCAUUUCAUGUUGCCAGCAGUAUUCCAACAACAGGAGACUGUCUUGGGACAGUGAUGAGAUGCCCACAGUGAAGCCAAAAGAAUUCACCAUCAUUCCUGACAGUGGCACCAUUCGCCCCCAGGGAUUUGCUGCUGUCAGGGUGACCUUAUGCUCCAACACUGUGCAGAAAUACGAGCUGGCCCUGGUGGUCGAUGUGGAGGGCAUUGGAGAAGAGGUGCUGGCGCUCCUUAUUACAGCCAGGUGUGCCGUGCCUGCCCUCCAAAUGGUUAACACAGAGGUGGACUUCGGGCGCUGCUUCCUGAAGUACCCGUAUGAGAAGUACGUCCAGCUUGUCAAUCUCGACAACAUCCCAGGAUGCUAUGAGGUCUUGCCGCAGGUGCCAGAGGACUCACCCACCGUUUUGCUCUCCAGCCCCACCCCCUGUGGGAUCAUCCCUCCCCGCAGCACGAUCCACAUCCCGCUGGCCCUGGAGACCCAGGUCAAGGGAGAGCACAGGUCCACUGUUUACAUCUUGACCUUCGGGAGCCGGGACCCCCCAAUGGUCUGUCACUUAAAGAGCAUCGGAGAAGGCCCGGUUGUCUAUAUUUAUCCUUCUCAAGUUGAUUUUGGCAGUAUCUUUGUCCUGAAGGAGUCCUCCAGGAUGCUCAACCUGUUGAACCAGUCCCUCAUCCCCGCGUCAUUUGAGGCACACAUGGCAAACAAAAAGUCACUUUGGACCGUUGAACCCAGUGAAGGCACGGUUCCCCCGGAAGCUGAAGUUCAAGUGACAUUGACCGCCAACCUGAAUGACAUAGUGACAUUCAAAGACACAGUAGUGCUGAACAUCAAAAAUAGCAACACCUACCAGAUUCCUGUCCAGGCUUCUGGAUUUGGCUCUACCAUUGUUUCAGAUAAGCCCUUUGCUCCAGAGCUGAAUUUGGGAACACGUUUUAGCCAGGACACCUUUUAUUACCACUUCAAGUUGACCAAUAAGGGACGUCGGGUCCAACAGUUGUUCUGGAUGAAUGAAGAUUUCCAGCCCCAGGAAAAGCUAAGCAGGAAGAGUCUGGCUAAGAAGGGACUUAGUAAGAGCCGGUCCCAGCUCCAGGGGCCCAGGGCUUUCCAGAGCCCCGUAUUUCAGCUCCACCCCAUCAGGAUGGAGCUGUACCCACAGCAGACCUUGGACGUGAUCCUGGAAGGCUAUUCUUCUAUUUCCAGGAUAGUUCAAGAAAAGCUGGUGUGCCACGCCAUCAUCGGAGCACAAAAGGGGAAGAGCUUUGUGAUGACCGUGAACAUCAUCUGUGAGUUUGUGGAGCCGAUCAUCCAGCUGUCCACCAAGCAGCUCAUAUACCGGCUGGAGAAGAAGCCCAACACUGUCCUGGAACCCAAUUUCCAGCCCUUGGCCCUGAAGAAUACCUCCACCCUGCCCGUGAAUGUGCUGUUGUCCACGGGCGGCCCCUUCUUCAUCUGCGAGACUGAUAAAUCUCUACUGCCCUUAACCCCUGAGCCUAUUAAGCUAGAAAUUGAUGAAGAAAAGAACCUACUAGUCAAGUUUGACCCUUCCUACAGAAAUGAUUUGAACAACUGGGUGGCAGAAGAAACUCUCACCAUCAAGUACGUGGAGCAUCCUCAGGUGGACAGCUUGAGCCUACGUGGGGAGGUGCAUUACCCCAACCUCAGCUUUGAGACCAUGGAGCUGAACUUUGGCUGUAUCCUGAACGAUACGGAGGUGAUCCGCUACAUUAACAUCAACAACUGCAGCCCCUUGCUCGUCAAGUUCCGCUGGUUCUUCCUGGUGGAUGAUGAGGAAAAUCAGAUAAGGUUUGUGACGUGGCCAGGGAAGUCCAGCAGUGCCACCAUGUCCCAGGUGGAUUCUGUCGUGGUAACCUCAGCAUCUGUCAGCUCACCAGCAAUCCCAGUGAUAGAGUCCCCUGAGAUCGAUUUAAGUGACUUUAGGACCAUCCUUGUGAGCGAAGAACUUAUGUCUGAAGAGAGGGAACCCAAUGUAGCCCCAGAGCUCCCAGUGAACACGUCAGAUAUAAACUCUACUGAAACAGAAGGAUCAGUCUCAAGCCAGAGUCAGGAGUUUCAGGAAUCCAUACAGCAAUAUGAACAGGAAGACAUGCUUACCAUUGGGAUAGAGGAAGUGUUUGAUAUUCUGCCCCUCUAUGGAGUGCUGCCCCCACACAGUAGCCACCAGAUCUCUUUCACCUUCUACGGGCACUGUGACAUCGUUGCACAGGCGAAAGCUCUGUGCGAAGUGGAAGGAGGGCCCACCUAUGAGAUCACACUGAAGGGAGAGGCGUCCUUGGUCAGCUAUUCCUUUGACACCACAGACAUUAACUAUGGAUUGCAGCUAUUUGACCGUGUCACGGAGAAUGAAAUCACACUGAAGAACACCGGCAAAGUUGGUUUUGAGUUCAAGGUUCUGAGUGACCAUCAGUCUUUGCCAGACAACCUUCUGCCUGGAGUGCCGCUCAUCCUGCCUCGCUCAGGGUUUAUCAGCUCACAUAGAGACCAGGUGUUGAAGGUUUACUACUUACCUGGAGUCCCUGAGGUCUUUCAAAGGAGUUUCCAGAUACAGAUCGCCCACCUGGACCCAGAAAGCAUCACUCUCAGUGGAGAGGGAAUCUUUCCCCGAAUCUGUCUCGAUCUCCCCAGGAACCUCAAAGGAAAUGAAAAGUAUGAAACCUUUUUGAACCAGGCCAAGAAAAACCUAGAAAAAGAGUACAACAAAUAUGAAAUAUUUGAUCAGUUUGAGAUGGCCGAGGAAAUGCCUGAGGACGAAUCUUCCGAGUUAAGUGCCCAUCUCCAGAUGGAAGUGGAGCGACUUAUAGUCCAAGACUAUGCUACGGACCCCACAGAGGACUCUAGCCAUUGGAGCCGCCGCAAACUGGCCAAAGUCCAGCUGCCAGAAUACAUCUUGGACUUUGGCUACAUCAUCCUCGGUAACAUCCAAACCCACAUCAUCAAGAUCACCAACACCAGUCACUUCCCAGUGUCCUUCCAUGCCGAGAAGCGCGUCCUUCAUGACACAGGCUUCAGUACCGAGCUAGAUCGUGUCAAGAAUCUGCCUUACUGUGAAACAGAGAUAUUUGAAGUGAGAUUUGACCCACAAGGGGCGGGUCUUUCUGUUGGAAACAAAGAAGUCAGUCUGCCCAUCAAGGUGGUCGGAGGGCCCACCGUUCACAUCUGUCUCCGAGCCAAGGUGACCAUCCCCACCAUGACCCUGUCCUGUGGAAAAGUGGAUUUUGCCACCGUUCAGUGUGGGCAGUGCCUCGUGGAGACGAUUCAGCUCUCCAACCACCUCCAAGUCCCUUGUGAAUGGUUUGUCCACAGCCACAAGCCUGAAAAUAAGCUGGAGAAACACAUGCCAAAGUACUUAAAGCGGAAACUACAUGCUGAAUUAAAGCCAAAGUCCCAGAUCUUUGAGAUCCAGCCCACUUCUGGAAUCUUGGAUCCUGGUGAGAGAGCCAAUGUGCAAGUGAAAUUCAUGCCCAAAGAGGAGGUUGCUCAGAGUGCUCAGAAGCUCACGCUGCUGGUGCAGGGGCAAGGCCUGGAGGCACACUUGGAAUUCAGCCCUUCCAUUCUAGAGCUGGGGCCCCUGCUGCCGUAUGCACCUGGAGAUGAGGGCGAGGUGGUGGUGAAGAACCCCUGCAACUUCCCCAUUGAGUUUUACUCCUUGGAGUUUGACCAGCAAUAUAUCAUAGAAGAGAAGAUCCUGCGAAUGCUCAAGGGUUACGACUCCUACAACACCUUGCUGCUGCCUCCCCGCCAGCCGGGGGAGAAGCUGCCCCCAGAGCUGUACGAGCACUUCAAGGAGAUGAAGCGCUGCAAAGAGGAGCAGAUGAAGGCCAAGUAUCUAGAGAGCCUGGAAAAUGAAGAAGAAGAAUCGCCCUUGUCAGAGCAGGGGACCUCCAUGAGCACGAAGAGGACGUCUAUCAGCCGAGGUGUUUCUGUCACGUCCAACCUGGAAGAGCGACAUGUCCCAAAUGUCGAUUACAAAACCUACCCCGAUGAUGAGGAGGACGAGGAGAGCUUGGAAAAAAUAAUGUUUCAAACUGACAAGUUACAGAGCAUUGAAAGCCAGUCAGUAGAGGAGGUUGGAGAAGUAGAGAAUAACCCUGUGAACAGGGCCAUUGCUCGCUACCUGGGCAUUGACAUUUCUUCAGAAGGCCAAUUGGCCAAGAACCGGAAAGGCAUUGCCGUUAUCAUCCACGGGACCCCCUUGUCAGGAAAGUCAGCCACUGCCGUCAGCACAGCCAAGUACUACAAUGCAGCCUGCUUGAACAUAGACUCCAUCAUGCUGGAAGCCAUCUCCGACAGUAACAGCAUUCCAGGGAUCCGAGCCCGGGAGCUCUGCAUCAGGGCUGCCAUCGAGCAAUCCAUGAAGGAAGGAGAUGAAUCUACCCAGGAGGCAGGUUCUGGCCAAACUGCUGUGGGACAGACAGGACUGAGUGGCGAGACCCUGGGCAAGUUAACCUCGGAGACCACUCUCGUGCUCCCUGAAGUUAAACCUGCAAAGACUCUGCGUGGGAGCAUGGUGGUCCCCAAAGCCAAGACGGAGAUCCACACCUCUGGCUCUCAGAAGCACCACUCACACUCGUCCGACACCCCACAGAUAUCCAGUAGCCCUCUUCCCUUUGGGCCCAUGCAGCGCCGACUCAGCGUCAGCGCCAGUAUCGGCGGUGAGACUGGACUUAUGAGCUGUGUGCUCCCCGAGGAGCUGUUCACACAGAUCCUGGCUGAACGCAUACAGCUGAGCGACUGCUUCCGGGGAGUGGUGUUUGAUGGCCUGGAAACGCUCUUUGCUCGGAACACCACCUCCACCCUCCUCUGCCUGCUGAAGGCCAUUGGCAACAGGGAGUACAUCUACGUUCUCAACAUGGCCCAGGACUACACAGCCAUGAAGGCCCAGGAGAAAGCCAAGAAGGAGCAGGAAGAGCACCAACACAGGGAAGCACUUGAGAAAGAGAAGGAACGUCUCCAAAAUAUGGAUGAGGAAGAAUAUGAUGCCCUGACAGAGGAAGAGAAAAUCAUUUUCAAUCGGGAGGUUCAGCGGGUCCUCCAGGAGAGGAAGAGGAGGGAGCUGGAGAGACUGGCCAAGGAGAUGCAUGAGAAGAAGCUGCAGCAGGAACUUGAGCGGCAAAAGGAAGAAGAUGAGCAAAAGCGGAAGAUCAAAAAGCCAAAGCCAGGACCAGUAAAGGAAGAGCUGCCCGUGAAGAAAACUCAAGGAGCAAGCCGUCAGAUUCUUACUUUUUCCAAACUGGAUGCCAAGACAGACACAGUAGACAGGAAAAUAUCUGUUAGGGAUCAAGCAAUGACUGACAAGGAAGAUCUAACCAAGAAAAGGAAGACCCUACCGACAGAGAGCAACACGCUUGGGUUUCCUGUUGGCCAGGAACGAGAGGAAAGUGAAGGGGACCUCAUGAAGGACAGUGAGAAGCAUCUGGCCCAGAGGUUUAAGGCCUAUGAGAUGGCUUUGAAGGAUGUCCAGAGCAUCCUUAUGUACUGGGACCGGAAGCAAGGGAUGCUGCUGCCCCACGCCGGGGCCGAGGACAUGGCCCAUGAGCAGGAGGACCAGCGCCAGGUCCCCUCAGGUGGACGUAGAGGCCGCAAGGACCGGGAGAGGGAGCGUGCCGAGAAGGAACGUGCCGAGAAGGAGCGCCUGGAGCGGGAGAAGGCAGAGAAGGAGCGCCUGGAGAAGCUCCGCCAGGAGGACCGGAGCGAUGGUGGAGAGGCCAACGGGGAGGAAGACCAUGAAGGGAAGAGGGAUGUGGGCGUGCCCUUCAUCAAUGUCCAGACGCCGGACUUCGAGGGCUCGAGCUGGAAGCAGCUGUUGGAGAAUGACAGGCUUCCCAAAAAGGACCAGAUCCUAGACAUCCUUGGUCUGGGUUCGUCCGGACCCCCCAUCCCGCCUCCUACUUUAUUCUCAAUCGUCUCCUACCCCACGAAGCGGCUGCCUUUGGCCAUGACGGAAGUCCUAAAGCAUUUUGUGUUUAUAAUUCCACCAUCCGACGAGCUGUCCCUGCUGGAGGAGAAGAGAGAUGUGGAUACAGAAAUGGAGAUUUCAAACCUCGUGGGCUCUGUAAAGGUUCAGGAGGAGCAGACUUCCUCGGCAAAAGGAGUCAAACAGAAAGUGAAGGAAAAAACUGAUCAGACCCGUGAGCCAAAGGACAAGCGCCGCCUCCCCUACAGGAAGGGCCUUCCUGUGGGAUCUCCUGGAAACAUCACCCCCCUGUCGGACAUAGAGCAGAACAUCACAGGGCAGUACUCCCAGGAGAAGUUCAUCAGACUGAAUCAUUUCCGGUGGACCGUGCCUGCCAACAGCGAGGUGACUUUGCGGAUACACUUCAGUUCUGAUGAUCUUGGAAAUUUCGACCAGACGUUUAACUUUGAGAUCCUUGGAACUCACCGCCAGUACCAGCUUUAUUGCCGCGGCGUCUGCAGUUACCCGCACAUUUGCCAAGACCCAAAAGUGGUGUUCCCACAGCGGCAGCAGGACCUGAAGAAGAACGAGAUCAUCUUUAAGAAGUAUGUUAAGAGCACGGGAAAGUUUUACUUCGGGCCGCUGCUUUGUGGGAAAUCAAGAGAUAAGUACAAGUCAUCGCUGUUCCCAGGCAACAUGGAAACACUAACAAUCCUGAACAACUCCCCGCUGCUCGUGGAGGUGUUCUUCUGUUUCCAGAAUGAUGUCAAAGCAAACACUUACUUCCUGGAGCCCGUCAAUAUGACUCUGAAGCCCAACGAGAAGCAGUUACUGAGCGUGUGGGCCUACCCCACUGCUGUGGGCGUCUUCGAAGACAGCAUUGUCUGCUGCAUCAAGGAGAACCCAGAGCCGACUGUCUUCAAACUAAGUUGCCAGGGGAUCCGCCCAGAACUGGAACUGGAGCCCCGGCAGUUACACUUUGACCGGCUCCUGCUACACAGAAAGGAAUCCAAGGCGAUUCUUCUCCGCAACAUCACACCCCUCCCCGUGGCCUGGCGGAUCACCAGCCUGGAGCAUCUGGGCGAUGACUUCACUGUGUCCACGAUGCAGGGGAUCAUCUUCCCCAAGGCCGAGUACUGCCUGCAGGUCCACUUCCAGCCCUCCAAGCCUGUCGUCAUCAAGAAGGCGAUUCGGGUGGAGGUCUUGGAUGCCGACAACCUUGUUGGUGUCGUUCAGAUUGAAAACAUCAUGGUGUUUGCAGAGUCCUACGAUGUUGCCCUGGACAUCACCUUCCCCAAAGGAGCUGAAGGAGGCCUCGAUUUUGGGAUUGUCAAGGUCAUGGAGGAGGUGAAGCAGCCCCUGCAGCUGAAGAACCGUGGGAAAUAUGAGAUUGUGUUCAGCUUUUCUGUGGACUGUGUAGGGCUUUCAAAUACCAACUUAAAUUCCAUGAUCACAGUGCAACCCAAAAAGGGCUCACUGGUAUCAGCAGACAAGCCCUCAAAUAUCCAAGUAUUCUUCCGUGCAAAGAAAGAAGUGAAGAUCGAGCACCAGCCAGUUCUGCGCUGUCAGAUUAUUGAGCCCAACAUGGCGGAAGCAGGUGAAAUUAUUGCCAGCAUCCCUAUUAAGUUUUCUGUGAAUGCUGUAUACUCCAAAUAUAACAUCAGCCCCUCCUCCAUCAUCAACUUUGGGGCCUUGAUCUGGGGCUAUCGUAAAAGUGCCACCUUCACCAUAGAAAAUCAAGGCGUUACUGACUUCAAAUUCGCCCUUUAUAGGCUGACAGGGGAGAUCCCCCUUCAUCAAAAGAAAGGAACCUCCCAUAUUAAACACCCAAGGUCCCGGGAAAGCGAUAGCUUCAACAAGAGUAGCACAUCCAAAGCAACCAAGUUUUCUGAUGCUGUUCCGAAAGAUGUUAACAUGUCAAAUCAGGCUCGCUUCACCCAUGGCAUGUUCACCGUGUACCCUGGGUUUGGCUCCAUCCCUCCUGGAGGACUCCAGGUCAUCACCGUGGACUGCUUGGCUGACCCCUUGGGAAGGUGUGAGGAGUUUAUAGCUAUCGACAUCUCUGACCGAGACCCCAGAGACCAGCCUGCUGGCAUUCCUUACACCCUUUUGGCUGAAGCCUGUCUACCAGCCUUCGUGACAGACAACAAUGCCUUGAUCUUUGAGGAGCAUCAGAUAUGUCACAGCUCCAACCUGCUCCACAUCCUGCAGACCACGGAGACUGUGGGGCUGUUUGUGGAAGAUGAGAACAAGUUCAUCUUCUGCAACGUCCUGGUGGGCCACCUGGCCAAGGCUCGCUUCAAGAUCUGCAACCAGGGGAAGAUCUCCUGUGAUGUGAGCAUCGCGGUAAAGCCGGUCUCCAGCAAGGUGUAUGCCCGAAUCACUGACAUCUUUGACGUGGAGCCCAACAAGAUAUGUGUCCCCAGCCGUGCACACGCCUUCACCACGGUAUCAUUCACCCCGCAGACCAUGCAGAACUACCAGUGCAUCUUUGAGGCCACGCUGGACGGGUUGCCCAGCAACCUGGCCAAGAACCGAAACCUGGUGUUUGAUAUUGUGGGCGAGGGGAACCUCCCUCGAGUGACCAUUGUGCGGCCAAUUCUCCGUGACCAGCAGGGAAACCCCAUGAUCCUCUUUAAGAAGCUUCUACUGGGUCACUCAGAUAAACUGCCCCUCGUGCUCAAGAACAGCGGCACCAUCCCCGCCCAGCUCCACGUUGACUUGCAGGACGAACUAGGAGUCUUCUCCUUGAAAGGGACGCCGACCACCUCCUACAUCUACAUCAUAGAGGAAAACAACCCUGAGGCAAAAGCCAAGAAAGCUCACACAGCCUCCCUGGUGGUUUCACCUGGAGCCACAGCUGAGUUUGAUGUCCUUUUCCACCCCCAGAAGGUUGGGAGAGUGAUGGGCAUCAUCCACUUGUCUGUGAUCAACAACCAGUACGAGGAGACAUUCAUCCACAUGGUGGGAGAGGGCUAUGAGGACGAGAUCACCUUGGACAACAUCCACGGGCUGGUGACGGCUACCAGCCAGGAGAUCCCAGAUGUCAUUGAGGCCUCAGAGGAAGGCAACAUGGAAGACCUGGUGGCAGCUUCCAUGGUGGACCACAUCAACUUUGGAGACUGUCACGUUGGAAACAGCUACAAUAUGAGCUUCACACUCACUAAUCACAGCCAAGCAAAUGUGAUUCGAUUUGAAUGGCCCCUUUUAGCAACAGUUUUUUUCUCCCCACAGGUGGGCCACCUCCACCCCGGCUGUUCUAAAGACACAGUCGUGACCUUGAAGUCAGAUACGCCCAUCAGCCUGAAGAAGAUGUGGGUCAAGUGCAGACUCUCCAAGAUCAUGUUUCAGGUCCCCACAGACCAGGUCCCUGACUGGGAUGACCGCAUGCGCACUGUCAAAUGGGUGGACAUGCCCAAAAACACACCCGGGACCUUCACUACGAAACGAAAAGUGAUAGAGACGGAUCCUGAGCCAGCCCAUUCAGUACUGGAAGAAAACUACCAAGACCUGCAGCUUCAGAUCAGUGCCAAUGUGAAUUUUGCUUCAUACCAGUGCCAAACAAGAGAUGUGCACUUUAAAGAAACCAUGGUCUACCAGACCCGAGUGUUUGAGCUUGACUUGGUUAAUUCAGGAAGUGUGCAGCUGGAAUUCAACUGUGUCUCAGAAGAGACCACCAAGGCUGUCAGCUUUGCAAUGCCAGAAUCCCAAGGCUCCAGUCAAAAACUUCAGCUUAGCCAGGGCACACUGCACACGGGCAGCACCCUGGACAGCACCACGGAGGCCUGGACUGAGAUGCCCACACCACUGUUCUCUGUGGAGCCCUCCUCCGGCAUCGUGCCCGCGGGCAAGACUCAGAAACUUAAAGUGAAAUUCUCCCCAUUGGAGGCUGGUGAAUUCGAGUGCAAUCUGUUCUGCCAGAUUCCCAACCUGCCACCUGGAGAGCAAGGCCCAAUCCUGUCAACCAAAGGGCGAAGCAUCUUGCCCUUCUGCCAUUUUGACCUGAAGGAUUCAGACUACAUCAGUGCUUAUCGCUGCAGCUCAGACCUCCGGUGGCCCGGGGGUGGGCCUGUGGACCCUAAUACCCGGGUGAUUGAGUUCACCAGCUUGGGUGUCGGGGGGAAGGAUCUUCGGACUUUCACAAUCCUGAACCCAACCAGUAGCACCUACUCCUUCUGCUGGCUCUCUGAAGAAAUUGAUACUCUCCAGCACCCUCCAGCCUUCACAUGCCUGACCGAGAGGGGGCUCAUCUACCCUGAAAAGAAAGCUGAGAUUAUCUUCCAGUUCACACCUUCCCAUCUGGACAUCACGGAAGCAUUCUGGACUUUCACAGUCCCUGAACACAACAUCACAGUCCCUUUCCUACUGGUAGGCAAAGCCACCAACCCUCUCAUCAGUCUGGACAAGUCACACAUCAACUUCAGUUCUCUCCUCAUUGGCAGAGAAGCCAGGGAGACAGUGACGAUCAUCAACAAGGAGGAGCAGGCCUUCCAUUUUGCCUUCCAGGACAACUCCCGGUUUUCUGAGGGUUUCAGCAACUGCCUGAUUGUAUGCCCCAUGGAAGGUUUGAUCCCACCACAGUCCAGAUUCCCAGUUGACAUCUUCUUCACACCAAAGCAAAACGGAGGUGUGAACUUUAAUUUGAUCUGUGAUGUGAAAAGGAAAGCCAGUCCCUUGACCUUAAAUGUUAAGGCUGAGGGCUACAGUAUGAGUGCAGAAGUCAAGUGCAAGGACAGGACUGGUUCCAUCACUGUCUUAACUCCCAACCAAACCAACAUUGUCAACUUCUGUGAGGUGGUCUUGAAUGAACCUGUCCAGUGUGAAUUCCGUUUUGUCAAUACUGGAAAGUUCAGCUUUAGCUUCCAGGCAGAGCUACUUGGCACUAAAGCUCUACUGCAGUACUUUGAAUUUUCACCCAUGGAUGGCAGCGUGGAUGUGGGACAGAGUGUCCAGGCCUCACUGUCUUUCCAGCCACUGAAGAAGUGUGUCUUGAAGGGCUUGGAACUCAGAAUCAAGAUCAGCAGCGGUCCAGUCUUCACAUGCAGCAUCACAGGCUGUGCCGUGAGCCCUGCCAUCCAUUUCUCCUUUACCAGCUACAACUUUGGGCCCUGCUUCAUCUACCAGGCCGGGAUGCCUCCAUACAAACAAACCCUGGUCAUCACCAACAAGGAAGAAACAUCCAUGAGCAUAGAGUGUUUGUACUCCAGUACACCCUACCUCGAGUUGAACUUCCGUGUUGAUGUGAUAAAGCCAGGAAAGACUCUGGAGAUUCCAAUCACCUUUUAUCCUCGAGAAAGCAUCAAUUACCAAGAACUCAUCCCCUUUGAAAUCAAUGGGCUCUCACAGCAAAUAGUUGAAAUCAAAGGAAGAGGCACUGAAAUGAAGCUUACCAUCACAGACCCAGCCAACAGGAUUGUGAAGUUAGGAGCUCUCCUGCCAGGACAGGUUGUGAAAAAAACAGUUUGCAUCGUGAACAACAGCCAGGCCCCGCUCACAUUUAUCCAGUCAGUCAUGUUCUCGACUCCAGAACUCCAAGAACCCAAGGUUAUCACCUUGUUACCCUUCCACAACAUCACGCUGAAGCCCAAACAAGUCCAUAAGCUGGAAGUCAUCUUUGCCCCGAAGAAGCGUGUCCCUCCCUUCACCGAGGAGGUGUUCAUGGAGUGCAUGGGACUCUUGCGCCCCCUGUACCUUCUCAGUGGCUGCUGCCAGGCCCUGGAGAUCUCCCUGGACCAGGAGCACAUUCCCUUUGGACCAGUCGUGUACCAGACACAAGCCACACGCCGCAUCGUCAUGUUGAACACAGGAGACCUGGGUGCAAGGUUUAAAUGGGAUGUCAGAAAAUUUCAGCCUCAUUUCUCCAUCAGCCCAGAAGAAGGCUAUAUCACCUCAGGCAUGGAGGUUUCUUUCGAAGUGACCUACCAUCCCACCAAGGUGGGCAAGGAGAGUUUUUAUAAAAACUUGCUGUGCUUCAUCCAGGGAGGCAAUCCUCUAAGCUUAACCCUGUCUGGAGUCUGCGUGGGACCCCCUGCAGUGAAAGAGGUGGUAAAUUUCAAUUGUCAGGUGCGCUCCAAGCACACACAGACCAUCAUGCUUUCAAACCGUACCAACCAAACCUGGAAUCUGCACCCCAUUUUUGAGGGGGAGCACUGGGAGGGGCCGGAGUUUAUCACCCUGGAGCCCCACCAGCAAAACAAGCCUUAUGAGAUAACCUAUAAACCCCGCACCAUGAACGUGGAGAACCGCAAGCAUCAGGGCACCCUCUUCUUCCCCCUCCCAGAUGGCACCGGCUGGCUGUAUAUGCUGCAUGGCACUGCUGAGUCCCCCAAAGCUGUAGGCAAUAUCUACCGUGAAGUGCCAUGCAAGACGCCCUACACCGAGCUCCUACCAAUCAGUAACUGGCUGAACAAGCCCCAGAGAUUCCGGGUCAUUGUGGAAAUGGUGAAACCAGAGAGGACAGACCUCAGUGUAACCAUGAAGGGCCUUGACUACAUAGAUGUGCUGUCUGGCUCCAAGAAAGACUACAAGCUCAAUUUCUUCUCGUACAAGGAGGGAAUAUACACUGCAAAGGUGAUCUUCCGAAAUGAGGUAACCAACGAGUUCUUACACUACAUGGUGAGUUUCAGGGUUAUCCCUUCAGGCAUCAUAAAAAGCAUCGAUAUGGUGAGUCUGGUCCGGCAGAGCACGUCCGCCUCCAUCAAGCUGGAGAACCCCCUGCCCUACUCGGUGACCUUCUCCGUGGAAUGCAGGAUACCUGACAUCAGUCUGCCCUCCCUAUUUGCAGUGCCUGGCAACUCUGAGGGCACGUUCUCAUUUGAGUUCCAGCCCCUGAAAGUUGGAGAGACAUUUGGGAGACUAACUCUGCAUAACACUGACUUGGGGUACUACCAGUAUGAGCUCAAUUUGAAGGCCCUGCCCGCACUGCCUGAAAAGCCCAUCCACUUCCAGGCCACUCUCGGCAGCAGCCAGAGCCUCUUCGCCAAGUUCAUCAACUACACCCGGCAGAAGACAGAUUACUACUGCAGGACCGACUGUCCGGACUUCCACACCGAGAAGGUCAUUACUGCAGCCCCUGGGGUGCAGGGGGGCACCGAGGUCAGUGUGGAAGUCUACUUCGAGCCCAGCCGCCUGGGGGAGACCAAGGGCCUCCUGAUCCUGUCGUCAUACAUAGGUGGGGAAUAUAUCAUCCCCCUCUUUGGGAUGGCGCUGCCCCCCAAGCCCCAAGGUCCCUUCCUGAUCCGAGCCGGGUAUAGCAUCAUCAUCCCCUUCAAGAAUGUUUUCUAUCAGACGGUCAACUUCUCCAUCUUUGUGGAGAGCCCAGCCUUCACCAUUCGUGCCACCGACUCUGUGCGGGCCAAGAAGAUCAACAAUAUCACCGUGUACUUUGAGGGAAACCCCUCAGGCAGCAAAGUACCCAUCACCACCAAGUUGAUCGUGGCUUGUCCUCCCAUGGAAAACUGUGAAACGGGGGUCCAGUGGGUCUAUUAUCUGAAGGGCAUCACCCCUUAGUGGUCCCGGGGUCAGUGGCCUCAACGAAGAGCCGUCCCCUCGGUCUGGACAGCUAUGCAUUUAUCUAGCCCGGUCAUGUACAGAGAAAAUUCUCAGAAUUCUAAAGCUACCAUUUUAUUCCAAAUAUAUACAUGACGUGUGCUCUGUAUUAAACCUGGUAACUACAUAAAGCUGAACUAUAUUUUCCUUUGCAAAGGCAAGCCUCUGGAUGUAGUUUCAGAACAUGUCCACAAAGCUCGGGUUCUAGGUAAUCUCAGUUUGCCUGGACACAGGUGACCCAUCCUUGGCCUGCUGUCAUCCAGCGUGUGACCUGGGGCACCACCGCUGAGUCAUUUUGUCUUUUGCUCCAUCCUGGCUUAAGGCCCUUAGACUUGACUCUUUUCUCAUGUGCUGUUGUAUUCUGCUGUCACAUAAAAGCCAAAUGAGUCCUGUUUUCUAAGUGACAGAUAACACAAGUUUCAUCAUUGCAGCAACAGGGGGCAGGAAGUCUCAGCCGAACUCCCCCAGGCCCCCGAAGUAUGGACUUGACUGUGGGCACCACCCAUUGAAAUAAAGUUUGUUAAU